CAAAUUGUCUCUGUCAGUUCUGUACUGUCUGCCAAAGACGCUUUUCCAAUACUUGAAACAAUAAUUAUCAGAGGUUUUUUUCGUAAAAACUUCUACUAUUCGCCUUGAUUUGAAGUAAUAUGAGUGAUGCACCCAACCAAAAUGGAUCAGGUCUAGAGCAGCAGUUUGCUGGUCUGGACUUGCAGGGCCGUCAGUCUAGCGGCCGCUAUAUUCCCCCUCAUUUAAGGAAUAAGGUGUCUGAAACCAGUCCGGAUAAAGACAGAAACGAACACAGGCAGGAUAAUCCUGGAGGGAAUCGAAGCAAUUAUAAUCGUGGUGGGCGUGAUAAUAGAGACUUUUCAAGCUUUAAUUCAAGAAACAGACGUGGUGAGGAUGAACCGAGGGGGGAACGGGAAGGGGGAGAUUGGGGCAGAGGCGGCAGGGAUCGUUUUCAGGACAGGGAGCGUGACUUGCAGCAGCGUAAUGACCGCUGGCAACAGGACCCCUCAGAUAGGCAAGAACCGAGAGGAAACCAGCGGUUUUCGGACGACAGGGAGAAUGGCCGGGACAACAGGCGUGACAACGGUCGAGAUGGUGGUGGGGGCCGUGACAACGGAAGAUGGAGCGAGAACCGCAGAGGAGGGGACAGUACCGACUGGACAACCCCCCUGCCUCGGGACGAACAUGUGGAACUUGAUCUGUUUGGUACAGGCAACACUGGAAUCAACUUUAGCAAGUAUGAAGAUAUACCUGUUGAAGCAACCGGAGACAAAACUCCUAAUCACAUUACAUCUUUUGAGGAAGUACAGCUGACUGAGAUCAUCCGUAGUAACAUCGCGUUGGCGCGCUAUGAUACUCCUACUCCAGUACAAAAAUACGCAAUUCCUAUCAUUAUAGGAAAGAGAGAUGUGAUGGCCUGCGCCCAAACAGGCUCCGGGAAAACUGCCGCUUUCCUGGUACCCAUUCUGAAUCAGAUGUACGAACGUGGUCCCCCAAAUAUCACUCAUGGUAGAAGCCGCCGCAAGCAGUACCCGCUAGGCUUGGUUUUGGCACCGACAAGAGAAUUGGCCACACAAAUAUACGAUGAGAGCAGAAAGUUUGCUUAUAGAUCUCGAGUACGCCCCUGUGUAGUUUAUGGUGGGGCAUUGAUAAAAGAACAAAUGAACGAUUUGGACCGUGGGUGCCAUCUGUUGGUAGCAACACCUGGAAGACUAUUGGAUAUGAUUGAAAGAGGUAGAAUCGGUCUUGAUUAUUGUCAAUACUUAGUUCUUGAUGAGGCAGAUCGUAUGUUGGACAUGGGUUUCGAAGUUCAAAUCAGGAAGAUUGUUGAGAAUGAAAAUAUGCCCAAGACAGGCAAACGCCAAACUUUGAUGUUCUCAGCCACUUUCCCUUCUCCCAUCCAAAAAUUAGCCAGAGAUUUCCUUGACAAUUACAUUUUCUUGGCUGUAGGAAGAGUUGGUUCCACCUCCCAAAAUAUUACUCAAAAGCUCUAUUGGGUGGAAGAACAUGAUAAACGAUCCUUUUUAUUGGACUUGCUGAAUGCAGCAGAUCUAACCCAACCCUCUGCAGAACAUCUAACACUCGUUUUCGUGGAGACUAAAAAAGGAGCGGAUUCUCUGGAAGAAUUCCUACACAAUGAGGGUUAUCCUGUAACUUCAAUCCACGGUGAUCGUAUCCAAAGAGAAAGAGAAGAUGCUUUGAAGCAGUUUAGAUCUGGAAACACGCCGAUCUUGGUAGCUACUGCUGUAGCUGCCAGAGGACUUGAUAUACCACAUGUGAAACAUGUCAUCAAUUUUGAUUUGCCGUCUGAUAUUGAGGAAUAUGUGCAUAGAAUUGGACGUACCGGAAGAAUGGGUAACUUGGGAGUAGCUACUUCUUUCUUCAACAAACGCAACCAGAACCUUGCCAGCGGAAUGUUGGAUCUUUUGGUAGAAGCCAAACAGGAAUAUCCUUCUUGGUUGGAGAGUAUAGCUGCCGACGGGCGUGUUCAGAGCUCUAGCCGCAGAGGUGGUAAAGGGCGGUUUGGUGGCAGUUCGGGUGGUAAUUUCGGCAGUAGAGAUUACCGUCAACAGCCUGGCAAUAUGACCCGGAGCAACCGUUCCUCUGGUGGUGGUUUCAGCAAUGGAUAUGGAAACAGUGGAGGUUCAUAUCCCAGUAAUGGCGGAUUUGACAGAAGUACCAACUACAGCGGUAAUUACAACAGCAGCAGUAGCAGCAACAACACAAACAAUUCCAACAAUCGUGAUGAUUGGUGGGAAAAUUGACAGAACUAGUGAAAUACACCUCCCCUUGUUAUAUCUUCAUUACAAAAAUAAUACCCACAUGACUUCAGGUUCGAACUUCUAAAUGUUCUAAUUCCUAAAAAUCUGUCGGGCAUUACAAACAUUGAACUUCAAGCCGUUCUUCUCAUUAUUUUAUUUAUAUAGUCUUUUAUUCUGUGAAAUUCUCUUAAGUUUAGUUGAAUUAGUCUUCAUUAUCCUGUCAUUAGUGGAUCGACUCAUACAUAUUUAAUAUCAAUUAUUAAACUAUGGAUAGGUAACUAUUGUUAAACAUAGUAAAGAUUCGCACUAAAAUAGAUUAAAGAAAUGUGUGGAAUAAUUUUGAACUUAAAAAAGUGCAUCUUGGAAUUGUUUCCCUUUUGAAAAAAUUCCACAAAAUUUUAUUUUCUGAUAACAUCAAAGAAACGAUGGUGCAUUUAUAGCUUUUAUCUGACAUAUUGUAGGAGCAAACUGUUGCAAAUUUUUAAAAGUUUGUUCCUCUUGGUUCGUUAUAUUUUUUUUAAGGACCUGUAUCGAUAGAGCAAUGUUAUUCCUUGCAAUUGAUUAGAUCAGAUAUUCAAAGAAUAAUUCAUAUAAUGAAAUAUUAAUCUGAUACCCCAAAUUAACAAAUAUCCUUCUAGUGAAAUUAAUCACAAUUAAAAUUGAGUGUAUUUUUGAUAGCAUAAUUUCAAAUGUCAUUUUUAAUUGCGCUUAAUCUGUUAUACUAGCAUUCUUUCAUACAUGUUCAUAUGUUUGAAUCCGUAAUGUCAAAAAUAUAUUGAAGUUAAAACAAUGUUUCUUCUUUAAAAAACAAGUAAUUGAAGUUGAUCUAGUCCAUUUCUCUAUCUAUGUGCUAUUCAGUUCAUGAUGUUGAAUAAAUGGAAAAUUACACAUUCGAAAACCUAAAA